CCGACAACCGUCGCGUUAUCCAUUCUCCUUCUGGCCGCCUCGCUGGAUUCCCUAUUGGCAAAAUCCACACAACACACGCGGGUUUCUGAGACCCUGCCGAGCUUGAAACCCCUGAUCUGUGCUGGAUGCUUUCAGUUCGUACUGACACAUGCAACGUGUAAUCCGCCCAACAUGUCACGACUCGCCAAUACCGGCGUUCAGGGCAUCUCGUCUGGCCGUAGCUCCAGCUCAAGCCUGACCGAGAAAUACAGGAGGAAUGGGAAGCUGCAGUCCUGUGAGCCAUGCCGCAAGAGCAAGCUCAGGUGUGAUCAUGUGGUUCCGGCUUGUGGGCGCUGUGUCAAGCGCCAGCGGACCGACCAAUGCUUCUAUCACCCCAACCCACUCACGCAGCACCCCGGCCGGACUCGAACUCCUCCAAGGGCCAUCCCCACUCCUUCAUCAUCGGCUUCCCAGGCCAGUCCACACGUUGUCGCUCAGUCUAUCGAGUCGAGCUCCUCGUCACCUGGUAUCUCGGAAGAAUGGACAUUGAACGCCACAGCCCCGUUCAACUCCGACACCUCCACUCCCGCCCCUGGCCAUGUUGUGUGCCAACCAUUUCAUAGGGCAGCAUCUGCACCUUUGUUGGAUUAUGAGCGUGCUCCAGAGGUCCGCAAGAACGCAGGCUUCCUCGGCCCGAACUCGUAUUCGAACAUCUUGUCUGAAGGCUUGUGCAUUCUCGAGCCCGUUUCUGCAGACCUGGAUGCCGCCAUUAGCACACAGCAACAAAGAAUCCAUAUCAGCAAUGAAAAGAUAACACAGGGAUGCAAGGUUCUGUCAUUCUUCAGGCGCAGGUCCAUGAUCCACCGCUUUAUCUCCCGGUGGUACGAAGUCUGCCAAGGCACUCAAGGAAUUGUGAUCGAGGCCAUCAUGAAGGAGUGGCUGCUGAAGCUCGUAGUCGACCACGGAGACACACUCGCAAGCCAGGAGCCGGCCAAGAUACGGAAACUCAGCGAGUUGAUAUGGAGAAAUACCCUGACCCCAUUGGUGUUCACCGGGAAAACAACCGCCUUGGAAUGGGCACGUCUAGCCACGGGUCCGGGGCUCCGCUGGGAAACCUUGGGAUUGAUUGCCGCAAACAUAGGCCUCUGUGCCAUUGAGACAUCUGAGUCAGAUCAGCUGUUUGUUGAAGGUGAAGUGACACGCCAAUGCCUUAUAAACACCACGAAGCAGGUCUCCGAGGACUGCCUUGCAUUCUGUCGGUACUGUGAAGUUCUUGACGAUUUGUUUGUCUGGCUCUUGAGCGAGGACUCGGCUCUUGUGGGUGCUGUCAAGGGGGACAGAGAUUACUCGGCCUAUAGGGCGACAGGGGAGGCGCAUAGCGCAGCCAUUGCAAUGGGCCUGCAUCAAGGCAGCAAAGCUGACGACAAGGUGCCGUUCUUCCUGGCCGAGAUGCGCAAGCGUGCCUUCAUGUGCUCCUACUUCCAGGAGAUAAGUAUUGCCUCAUUCCUCGGGCGCCCGCCGCGACUGUCGUAUCGUUACUGUACAAUCGAGCCACCCUUGGAUUUGACAGAGAGGCAACUCAUACAAGCGCGCCCUGAGCUCGAAGCUACGCUCGCGUCCCUCGACAAAGAUGGGUACAACACAGCCGGAAACUUGCAAUAUGCCGGGCUGACUCGUGCUUAUGCGAAUUGUGCUAUGCGCCGCGAGGAUGUGAUUGAUCUUGCCUUGGGCCACUACACACGCGACGAAGUCCUUGCUCGUGCAAAGACAAUACAAGAGAAGCACGAUGCGCACUGGUCGUCGUUGCCAGACUUCCUGGCUAUGCCUUCCAUGGGUCCCUUCGACUUCACCGAUGCCUCGGCCACUAAGCCGCUACAGGCCCUACAUAUCAUCGUCUUGCGUAAUGGCCGGCGCUCGAACGAGCUUUUGCUACAGCGAGUCCUGAUCCGCAAAACGGGAGCGACGCCCGAGAAGCUGAUAGCGACCGCGCUGGACAUCUUCAAGGACGUCCUGCAGAUCACAGUCCGCCACGACAUCGCGACAAUGUUCAAGACCAGCUUCAGCUUCAUCCUCGCGUGCCACGGCCUUCGGAGCGCAGCCAUCGUGGCCAUCGAGCUGCUCAAGCAGGAGAUGCUCCCCCAGUAUCCAGACCGGCCGCUGCUCCCUCGAAGCCAGACCAUUCAGGACCUCGCCAUUUUCGCCUCCCGACUUGGGUCCAUUCAGCCCACGGACGGGUGCUACAGCGUAUGCGAGCAAGGGAAGAGGGUUAUCACCAAGAUCCUGGACAGGAUCCUCAGCCCUGGCCCGCCCCAGAUGGCGCUUCAGAGGACAACCAGCGGUAGCGUCUGCAACCACGCGCAGGAGCAGCAGCUGCAGCCACACCAGCAGACGCAAGGGGUGCUUCCCAUGAUGGAAAUGGAUGGUGCGCCUAUAAACACCUUGGGGUCAUUGAAUGGGAUGGUCAUGGGCCUGCCGGAUAUGAGUUUCUCUAUGGGUAUGAAUGUCGGCUUUGGUGCAGAGCCCCCAAUUAGUAUGGGCCAGGACUCGGACUUUAUGAAAUGGUUGGAUGCGAUGGAAUGGGAGAGGAUGGAUACUUGGGGUAAGUUAUGAUAAAUCUUGUAGGAGCAUGCUUGGUGAAGGUCGGAGUCUCGAUGAUCCGCGCCUGUUCGGAAUACAACAAAUUCCACAAUUCACUUUUCUUUUUUAGCACAUGCUAGAACAAUCAUGAUGAAACCUCUCACAAGCGGUCACUCAUGGCGAGAAGAACUGGAAAUGUAAAUCCA